CACAGCACUUUUUAUUUUUUAUUUGAGACAGAGUCUCACUAAGUUGCAAAGGCUGGCCUGGAACUUAUGAUCAUCCUGUCUCAGCCUCCUGAGUUUCUGGGAAUAUAGGCUGUUCUUCAUGUUUCUAACAUUUCUUACAUUGAUGCAGUCAGAAGAAACAAAUACGCAGAAGAUAGACCUCCUGAGAGUCAUGACUCCUGUGGUUGCUGUAACUGCAUGAAGGCACAAAAAGAAAAGAAGUGUGAGAAUGAGCGGAAUCAGACCCGACAGGGUGAGGGGAGCUCCACUUAUACUGAGGAACAGCUGCUUGGGGUACAAAGAAUCAAGAAAUGCAGAAAUUAUUAUGAAAUUCUGGGAGUUUCUCGGAAUGCCAGUGACGAAGAACUUAAGAAAGCUUAUAGAAAACUUGCCCUGAAAUUUCAUCCUGAUAAGAACUGUGCUCCUGGAGCAACAGAUGCUUUCAAAGCAAUAGGAAAUGCCUUUGCAGUCCUGAGCAAUCCUGAUAAGAGACUCCGCUACGAUGAAUACGGAGAUGAACAAGUGACUUUCACUGCACCUCAAGCCAAACCUUAUAAUUAUUACAGGGACUUUGAAGCUGAUAUCACUCCAGAAGAGCUAUUCAAUGUCUUCUUUGGAGGACAUUUUCCUACAGGAAAUAUUCAUAUGUUUUCAAAUGUGACAGAUGACACUCAUUAUUAUCGAAGGCGGCAUCGACAUGAGAAGACACAGACGCGGAAGGAAGAGGAGGAUGAUAAGCCUCAGACCACGUAUUCUGCAUUUAUUCAGUUACUUCCAGUUCUUGUGAUUGUGAUUAUAUCUGUCAUUACUCAACUGCUGGCUGCUAAUCCUCCAUAUAGUCUAUUCUAUAAAUCGACCUUGGGCUACACUAUUUCCAGAGAAACCCAGAACCUGCAGGUGCCUUACUUUGUGGAUAAAAACUUUGACAAGGCCUAUAGAGGAGCUUCUUUGCAUGACCUGGAGAAGACUAUAGAGAAGGAUUAUAUCGAUUACAUCCAGACAAGUUGUUGGAAGGAGAAACAGCAAAAGUCGGAGUUGACAAAUUUGGCAGGAUUAUACAGAGAUGAACGAUUGAAACAGAAAGCGGAAUCACUGAAACUUGAAAACUGUGAAAAACUUUCCAAACUGAUUGGCCUCCGCAGAGGUGGUUGAAAGAAUGAUGGUCCUGCAUAGGGCUGGGGUUUUGUUACUUGUAACUAUUUAUGUUCCUAAUUCCGUUUUAUAAUACAAAAUUAGGAAAUGACCAACAUUUUACUACUUGCUAACUUUGUUUGUUGAGCAGAGUUGAAAGAGCUUGAGCAUGGAGCCAGACUUGUCAUCACAGAUUCCUUCCCAGGGAGCGGCUCAUCUAGGUGACAUGAAUGGCAAAGCAUUUCACUGAGCCCCCUUGCAACCAGGCUACCCUGCCUCUGUGAUUGUAGUUCAGGGCAUCCCAGAACAGAUCCACCUUUUCUUUUUUCUUCCCUUCUUCAGUGACCUUUUUCAAUACCUGGGUACUCCAGGCUUAUCCAGAGCAGCUUAAUAUUACUUACAAUGUCUAUGAAGAAUUAUACCUCUCCUUGCAUUAGAGUCAUCAUCUCCCCCAAGACUCAGCUCUUGGAACUUGUUCCUGCUCAACCUUCCAUUUUCUAAGGGAAAUAUGGAGACAUUUAAACUAUUUAGCCAAUAGUUUUCUAUUAUCCCAGUCUCUGUUCAGUCAGGAGCAUUAGCAAACUGACCAAUUUGAGGUUAUUUUAUUUUCCUUACUCCUCCCCCAUGUAGAGGGUCCAGAAAUUAGAAACUAUUGAGCUGUGAAACAGUUCUGUGUACAACUCAGCAGGAGGAAGCAGGGCUGAGGGAGAAGAUAAAGUGCAAGACAAAGUGCAUAUUCCCAAGUAUUUCACAGAACCAGAGUAUGUUCUUUUUGUCAUUUCCCCAUUGUAUCAUCAUUUGGUAUCAGCACUUUUGAACCAAGUCCCUACAUCCCACAGAGGUACAGUGGUCAGACCCAAGAGGAGGUAUUCCAGCCAGGCUAUGACUCAUGACUAGAGAUGGAAGAGGAAGAUUCCCUCUGUGUCCAUCAGGGGCUAGCAUUGUCCCCAGCAGUCAUUUUUUUUACCCUAUAGUUGAUAGUAUGAGAUGCUUUUUCAUUUAUUCAACAUUUAUUGAGUGCCUGCCAUGAAAAAACAGAGGCUCUCACAUAUAUUUUUUUACUGAAGCCUCCUCACAACUCUGUGAAGUAGGUGUAUUAUCUCUGCUUUUAUGAAUGAGAACCUUGCCCAGAGAGGAUGGUUGACCUGGGCCAUACAACUGGUAAUGGCAGACUGGUCGUUAGGCUGAUUAUCAAGUAGGAAAUGUGAGAGUGAUUCCUCAUUUCUCAGGUGAUUCCAGUCAGGUUGGCAAAGCAGCAUCUUUUCCAAGGAUGCCUCUGUCACCACAGCCUAGUCCUGUGUCCUUUCUAUGGCACACCUGCAUCCCUGUUGUUCUGUUGGAAGCAGGACCCUACAUGAAUAAAUUCUGUACACAAAAUAAAAGUUCCCUUGAAAGGCAGCCCUUCCCACUGGUGACAAGGAAGAAAUAAGUCAUUGCCUAGGCUUAAGUGUGGUUCUAGGUUUUCCUGUGGAAAUGAGUGACCUAGAUUGAACUGCCCAGAUUAUCAUGAGCCUCUGAAACUGAAAGGACCAGUUGGUGACCAUAGUCUACAUUCUUAUCUGGGUUUGGAAGAAAAGUUCCUGUUGAAAAGAGGGUCUACAUUAAAUCUGAGUUCCAAAGUAGAGUUUCCCCAUUCAGAUUCAUAGCCACUAUUUAAAGAGUGUCUCGCACUGUUCAACAUGUGCACAUUCCACUGGGACAGGAGAUGAGUUCUUAGAUAAAGAACAGGAGCUUUGGGCCAGGUGUGGUGGCACACACUCUAAUCCUAGAGUCUUAGGAGGCUGAGGCAGGAGGAUUGCAAGUCCAAAGCUAGCCUCAGCAACUUAGCGAGACCCUAUCUCAAAACAUAAAAAGGACUACGAAUUGGCUCAGUGGUUAAAUGCCCUGGGUUCAAUCCCUGGUACCAAAAAAAGGGGUUGGGGGUGACUGGUAGGGACAAAUGUUCAGUUGUAGGGAGGGGAAACAGUUCUGGAUACAACCAGAUUUUGCUGUCCUGCUAGGUCUAUUCUGGGUUUUGUUGGGUCUCGGCCUCCUUUGAAUGACAGGGAAUUUACACUACAAAAUGUUCCCUAAGCCAGUCUUAUAGAAAGCUCCUGUACACACAAAAAUCAAAGCUCUCCUCAACCUCUGCUACGAAAUGAGCCCUAUCUGGGCAUAAUUAUGCCCACCUAUAAUCCCAGCCAAUCUUCAACCUCCACCUCGGCUAGAAAAUGGGCCACAGCUGAGUAUGGUGGUAUAUGCCUUCACUCCCAGUCACUUGGGAGGCAAGCAGGUCAUAAAUUCAAGGCCAGUUUUGACAAUUUAGUGAAAUCCUGGCUCAAAAUAAAAAGGGCUGCCGGUGUAGCUCAGUGGUAGAGUGCUUGUCUAGCAUGCAUGAGGCCCUGGUUCAAUCUUCAAUAUUGCAAAAAAGAAAAAGAAAAAAGAAAAACCCACCACAGCAAAACAGUAACAGGUUAAAAAACAAAGGACCCUGCCCUGGAAGAUGUCCAUGAAUAGUGUUAUCAAACAUUUUAUGGAUUUCAUGGUAGUGAUUAAUUAAUGUGUGAUGAUAUUAGUAUAAAGACAGUACUAACUCCAUUAAAUACCACACCAAUUGUUUUUAUAAUAUUAGUGCUACUGUUUUAUUUGUUACUGCUAGACCACAAUACCCACAUGUGUUUUUUCUCAAGGGAACUGUAUUUGCUUUUGGUUGAAGGAUAAUUGAAUCUAUUUGGUACUACCAAGAAUAUUGUUAAACUCUAAUUUCCUUGGCUGUAAUUUAGAUGGGUUGCCUGCAUGGUGGUAAAAUAAGCUUUUUCUUCUUGCCUGUGUCCUUUGGAAGAUUUUUUGCUACUAUUAUAAACUCUUUAGGGAAGGUUAUUCUUGCCGUCAGAACUUGGCACACAGCUCAAGACUACUCCUUGGAGGGCUGCUGCCGAUUGGACACUUGUGUUGGAAGUGGAGCUAAGAGGAUUUGAGGCUCACACAGAAACUGAAGCUCUCAUUCAGAUGAAAGUGCUCUCCUGCACUGCUUGAUCAGAACUGAGGGGAGGAUGAAAAUCCUCAUCACAAAGAAACUUGCAGCUUGAAGGAACCCAUGUACCCAGGUCAGCAGCCCUGGGGUUCAUCUGCUGAAACCCAGAAAACUUUUAAGCUUCCUUGAUCAGCUCCAGGCCUCACAGCUUAAGAGAAGUAACCAGUGAGAAAAUAACAUUGCACUGGGUGCAGUGGUACACACCUGUAAUCCCUGUGUCUCAGGAGGCUGAGACAGGAGGAUCACAAGUUCAAGGCCAGCCUUGAUAACUUAAUGAAACUCUGUCUUAAAAAAAUAAAAUUAAAAAAGGCUGUGGAUGUAGCUCAGAGGCAGAAUGCUCCUGGGUUCAAUCCCCAGUACAAAAAAAAAGAAAGAAAAGAAAAGAAAGUAACAUUGCUAUGCUUUCUGGAAACCAUUAGAAAUUACAGUGAACUCCAAACCUCACCAGAACAUGGAAUUCAGCAGCCUGGCCAAACUAUGUACUCCUUAUUUUCCAUCCUCACACUCAGGACAACACUGUGAGGAAGCAUGUUAGAAUUCCAGAAGCUUUCUGUUACAGCUAGCCACAUGUCCAAGUCUGCAUGCACUGCUCCUCACAGGAGCUAGCAAUUUGCAUUUAUUUUGGACUAAUUAAGGUGUCAGCUUAGUGUCUUAAUUAUUUUUGGAGAUAGCCAAGUUUCUAUACAUCUUAUAUUUUGAGGCUGACUUGUCGAUACCUUGUGCAGUGGCCACUACAUAAUUAUAUACCCAUGUGUUAGGUACUGAUUACAUCAUUUGCAUCAUACUCAGUGUGUGGAUUUAUAGAUGUGAAUGUUCUGUGACCAGAGUCAGGGAUGACACAGAUGAAAGCAGCUCCUGGUGGAGUUCAAAUCCUGAAAAAUCUGUUCAUCUGAUCUACCACAUCUAGAUUGAGUGUAUUUUAACAAAGAAGACAUUAAAUGAUUUUAUGUAAAA